ACGUUAAACCCAGUUCGAGCCAUUGGCGGCGGCCCCUUGUAUUUCUGAUGAAAUCCUCAAACCGGAGCGAACAAACGGAAACAAGACGGCGGUAAAACCACACUUUUACGCGGAAAAACGGAAAUAUAGCAACAGCGGAAGUUGGAUAAAUGUGUUGAAUAUCGACGAAGAAGGCAACAAUUCUUGGUUUUGGACAAAGUAUUUUUAAUAAAUCGUCGCGUUCCGGUUGAAGUAACCGCCAGCCUGUGCUAAGCUAACCCGCUGCUAACCGCUAACCGCCGGCUACAGCUGGAGCCCUCCAGCCGACACCGCCGCUUCUUCACCUGAACCACAGACACGAUGGCCUUGGAUUCAUCGUCACGAGUGGAUUUUGUGUCAUACGAAUCAACCACGAUGUUCCUGUAUUUCCCCUCCUCUGUUAAGCUGUCCACAAGAAAGAAGUCUAAUCACCACUCUCAGCAAAACGCCGCGGUGCAGGCAGUCGGUCACCCCGUCACGGACGAUAUCUGCUGGGCUCCCUCCCGCGGUAGCUCCCGGUAUGUGUCAGAGUAAAGGCCGCUGUCAGCUUUCACUUUAGCAAUAGCUAACCUGCUAGCUGUCAGAGUUGUCACCUCAGCUUGGUGAAUGUCUCAUAAUUUAUAUUUUGCACUAUCGAGAUAAGGAAAAUGUUCAGAAAUAUAACUGGUGAGGGACAAUUAUCCGGCGGGCAGAGCACUGCUUCCCCGCGCGGUAACGGGAUCACCUCUCCCGGGCUUGAUAGUCAGGAAAGCUCGUGGAUCGGCCUGCUCUCCGUAGUGUCGAGGCCCGCGCUGUCAUUUCUGCAGAAAUAUCUACCGGGUCGAGCUCGAAACCCGGCAGCACAGUCUGAUAACGCAGUCGGGUGGAUCCGCGGAGAUGUGAAGAAAACUUUUAUUGAAGAGGAAAAUGAAUUUUUAAGGCAGCUCGACGACAUGAUGCCCGCUCCUCACCUCACUUACCUGCAGUGUCAGCACGAAGGAGCCGCAGGUAGCAGCGGUUUGCCCUGGCUGACCGCAGAGUCUUUGCGGGAAAUGGGGAUUCAAGACCCCGAGGAAGUGAACUUAAAUCUCGGAUAUAUCUCAUCUGCCAGGACUGUCCUCAGCCACGUCCUGUUGAGCUCAGUUUCAUCUCAGGAAAUGAAGGGAGUGAAAGCUGGAAGUAAAGGUAGGCCCUGGUGGGGCAGCUUAUGGGGGGGUGAGGAGGAGAACCCACAGGGUAAACCACUGUCAGAUCUGUCCUGGACUGUGACAGGUCUGCUUUGUCCACAACGACCCGGAUCCGAGACAAAAGCCUCGGCUGUGUUUGUCCAGAAUGAGGAGAGGGAGUGGACGGUGGGAGAAAACGCUGGACCGGCUCACCACAAAGAGGAGCCAGCCAACAAUGGAGGCCUUCACACAGUCCAGAACUCUGGGAAGUCCGCAGCAGACCACCAGCUAAGCAUCACACACCACCUCAGCAGCUCUGAAGGUGCUGCUGCCGCUUGCCCUGUGGUGACACUUCUAAGCCCGGACCAGGACAAUGGAUAUUCCAGUCUGGAGGAGGAGCAGUUCCAGAUCUGCCAGCUGCACAUGAUGAAAGCCCCAGCUCCGAUCAACAAGCAGCUGCAGGUGGAGGCUGCGGUGGGAUCACCUGAGAGCAGCUCCACCGGUGGAACAGAUAUGGAGGAGGAGGAGACUCCUGAGGAGGAGGAAGAAGAGGAGGUAGAUGAAGAAGAGAUACAGAAAGAUGACGAUGAAGCUCAGGAGUUGUCGUCUGCAGCGGCAAUUGUCACUCCGAAGUGCCAGAACAAAACCAUUGCCUUCAUCAUGGGCUGCCCCUGCAGCGAUGACGACAGCAGCCAAUCGGAAUUCAGUGAAGAUGAUGGUGACGACGAUGAUGAUGGCUUUGACAGCGAGGGCUCGUCAGAUCUGUCUAACUCCUCUGAUGAAGAUGAUGAAGAUGAUGAAGACUCAGAGAUUGACUCGGAGGCAGAGCGUCUGUGGAACUCUCUGUGCCAUAGUCAGGACCCCUACAACCCCCGUAACUUCACGGCCCGGAUGCACACAGGCCCCCCAACCCUGCCGAGGACCAUUCCCAUCCCCUCUGCUGCUGCUGCCGCCACCACACCCCCAUCCUCUGCCUCGUCCAGCCCCGCCUCCCCCCCAGCCCUCCCAGCCCCAUCUCCACAAUCGGGAUCAGACUCGUGGGAUGACUCGGCGUCAGCCAGCGAAGCAGAUGAAGGCGAAAGCCUCCGACUCUGGAGCUCCUUCAGCUCCUCCUUGGACCCCUAUAGCCCCUUGAAUUUCCAAGCCUCUCUUAGGACUCAGUCGCCCAGAACCAGAGCUAAAAAGGCCCCUCAGGCCCCCAUUCAGAACCUGGCAUCACCUCCCAAGUACAGGAAGGAGGAGGCUGAGGAGAGACUAGACAGCGGCUUCUCUGAGCCCUCCACGUCCACGAGCAGCAGAUCCACCAAAAAGGUCCAUUUCUGUGACGACGUGGAGGAGUUCUUCGCCAGCUGCAGUGAGGAGGAGGAGGACCGCAAGGGUCCAUGGGAGGAGCUGGCCCGGGAUCGCUGUCGCUUCCUGAGACGCUGCCAGGAGGUGGAGCAGAGCAUCGCCUUCUGUCUGCAGCCUCAGCAUCGCAGCAAAGUGUACCGACGCCUGCAGCAGUGCCCGGACCAGCACGCCUGAGACCAGGGCCCCAGGAUGAGACCAGGAUCGAGACCGGCUGUAGUCCCGCAGCUCAGACCGAGUCCACGUACAAGUGUUUGUGCAGCUUCGUGUUCAGACUCAGGGCAGCGAUGCAGACUGACGUGGGUCUGAAGGGCUUUGAGGUGGUUCACUGUGAGCUGGAUCCUCUGGUUCUGCUUCAGACCAGAGAUGGGAGGCUGGACUCGGCUUCAUUCAGAGGAUCUGACGACUUUGUUUUUCAUUUGCACUUUUUAUGUCACAGAAACUGAAACAAGCUGCUCCUUGGUUAAAAUCAGGAUCAGCGGAUGUUCUGAGGUCCAUCAGAUUAAAACAUCAGAUUAGUGGUGGAUCAUUCAGGCCUUCAGCUCUAAAAUGUUAAAUUAUAAACAUCAUCACUUAAAUUCUCUACCCAUUUUUUCAACCUUUGGUCUUGGGUCUCAUAGAGUCAGACAUCACUAAUUUUUCUUCUUAAAUGAAUGCUUCAUAUUAAGGUGCACCGGCACAGAAACCAGUCACUUAUUACUUCAUAUAUGGGGUCAUUUGGCUCCUUAUGAACCUACUUGUGUCUAUGUGGAUGAUUAUGAUUUCCACUUAAAGUAAUCACUCAACUGGGUUGGAAUCAGUGUAACCAUUUCAGUAUAAAAAAACAGAGCAGGUGUUUAUUAUCUGACUAAUUUUAGUCAAAGAGAUAUGCAAGCUUAUUGUUUUAACAAAAAGACAACUCUGACUCAUAAUUAAAAAUAUCUAUGAACUUAAUGAGCAAAUGGACUCAAGAGUUGACUGUAAAAAGAGAAAACUCCAAUGUGCUUUUAGGGAGAACUGGAGUUAUGUUUCUGUUUAGUUGUACAAUGUAUCUGUACAGAAUAAGGUGAAGUAAAUAGUUCAUAAUGACAAAUAAAGAGCCAAUGCUACUAAUAUAUUGAAUAAGUGACUAUAUAAUUGUGAAUUUGUGACCUUUAAGAUGAAGCAAAAGUUAACCAACCAUCAUUUAUUUAAUCUAUCCUCUUACUUAAACAUGUGCCAUUUGCAGCUGACAGAUUUCUUUUAUCUGUCACUAAACUGAGUGUUUUUGGUUUUGAACUGUUGGCUGAAUAAAAAAAGGCAUGAAGGCAACAUGAGGUACAGGAAGGCAAACUGUGUUCAGACAUGUGGGACUCGAACCCCAAAGGCAGUUUCCAAAUCUGGAAAAACUGGAACAGCCACAAAUAAGACUAAUUAAAUCUGUUCAAUUUACACACAAAAUAAUUGAUAAAGUAAAUGUAUUGUCUUACUCAGCCUGUUGCCUUUAAAAUCCAAAUAAAUUUUUUAGCCAAACAAUAGUCCACAACAGACAUGAAUUUAGUCUCUAUGAAACAGCAGAGUAUUAGUUUAUUUUAUUUCAUGUGGACUUUAAACCUACAGCUUCUUCUGAUGAUUCAUUAAUCUAGUUAAUCAGUAUUUCACAAGCCAAAGUGUUCAUUUUUUCCCCAAAGCCAAAGAUUGAUCUGGUUUAGAAACUGAUGAUCUAUAAUCGGAGUGUUGUUUCUGAUCAGUAUGAAUCACAACAGAGGUGUUGAAUCAGGCAUCCCUUUAAUUCUACGUCAGAACCAGCUUUUUGUCCAGACGAUGAAGGACGAGUUCAUCUGUUUGAGCUGCACGAUGUGGUUUGUGUAAACUCUGAACUUACAGAUGAGUGAACCCAGAAGGGGCCGUCACCUUUAAAUAUACGAACUGUUCAACAGGACACGUGGAUCACUAAAGACUUUUAUUUUUCUAAUGACUGGUUUGAUGGGUGACUUCCUGUUUAAUUGUUUGCUCACUAAUAUUAAAAUCAGUAUUUAAUGAUCACA